AUGAGGGAGAAAGGUGUUCUCAAGGAGUUUAUGAAGACACACAAGAGAGACCCAGCCAUGAAAUAUAGCUAUAACCACAAAUUCGACUUUGCCGUGGCCUAUGAACCCAUGUACAUGGAUGUAAGUAAUUUACUAACAAACAAGAACAGAUUAAGCAUCAUGUGAACAAAGCACAUUUUUAUAAUUGCUAUAACACAUAUUGGACCAGUUAAUUUUAUUAUGCUAAAAUAAAUAUUUGUCCUUUUACAUAGGGGAUUUGUAUCUAGCGAAAUUUCUGCAGGUUUCUAAUAAUCAAUACCAUAUUAAAUAUUGAUAUCAACGGCAUUAACUGGUUUGAAGUGGGUUUUACCAUCAUCAUACUAAAGAAGCCAGAGAAUUCCCUUUUAUUGUAAUAACUUGAACAAAAUUGUUAAAGGAUCUGAUUCAAAAUAAAUUUAAUUGUUAAAGAUUUACUAGUAGCAUAGUACAUUUGUAAUGACUCUAAUGCAAUAAAAGUUUUAAGUUUUGAGCUACACACUUUUCUUUGAACAUUAAAUAAUAUAAUCAUAGUGUGGUUUCACCAUAAACUUCAUAGUUGGGAACUCUUUAGCCAUGGAUAUACCCUUCCUUAUUAGAGAAUGUAUACCAUUUGCAGCGUCUAAGAAUGGAAGAGCAGAAUCUCAGUAUCAGUAUGUGAGUGAAUUGUUUUACAUUUUGGAAACACGCAAUAGAAUAUUUGUGAUCAAUUAAGAUAACAGGAUAUAUAUAUAUAAAAAAUUCAUAGAUCACACCAUUAGGCAACUGCCAUGUAUUAAAGAUACACAAUCUAAUUAUUUAAUUGACUGCCUCCUUCUAAAGGGCUUAUCUACAUUUGAGAACACUUUCCCAUUGAAUAACGCAAAAUUUCAUUUUACUAAUUGGUUUAAUUUCAUUCUUAGGCUUGUUACUAUGGACAGAUCAGUGUUGGAACCCCUGCACAGAACUUCAUGGUUCUCUUCGACACAGGGUCAUCCAACCUCUGGGUGGCUUCCACAUACUGCCAGAGCCAGGCCUGUCGUGAGUCACCAUAGACUUCUAAAUUGCACUCAUAAUCAUACACAAAAUUUGUGUAAAAUCUUCCUACAAAGAUUACGUUCUUUGUAAAAUUACCCACAGAGCACCACUGCAUAGUUUUUUUUUUUUACCAAAUAUUAAAAAAAAAAAAAACAGUUGAAGUAUGGGAUUGGCAAAGUCCUAAUAUUUGUCCCUAUCAUGUAAACAGCACCACUGAAUCUGGAUUUGAUUAAAACAAGAAGCGAUUUGCAAUAGAUUUUUUAAAUAUAUCAUUUUGUUGUGUACAUGCUAUGUUCUUGAAUCAACAAUUUUGAAAAGUUGAUUUCCUUGUAGGAACACAGCCAACCUCCAUAAUGUUUACAUUAACCUUUAAAAAUGGCCACAUCCCAGAAUUCCUAAUAUUAUGUUUAUUAAUAUGUAUUUGUGAAACAAACAAAUCACACAAUUUCAUUAUCAUUAGGUUUCAGUGUGAUCAUAAUGCACAGUAAAAUACACAAUAUGAAUUAAUUAGGGAAUUUGGCUAAGUAAUGCCCCAAUUUAAUAACACAGUUUAGUACACAUGCAACUCAAUGCACUUCUGCAGUCAGAGGUCUAUUACAAGCUGACUUCUGUACUGGUGUUUUUGAAUUGUUUAACCUGGAGUGGGAUUUAUUGGUUGUGGUUUGCUCGGCUGUUGACCAACCAAUAUGAUAAUUUCUCUUGUUUCCGUGCAAAUAAUAAAAAUAUAGGUCGAUUUUUUUGAAGUUCGGUUUGUGAGAGCAGUGACUAAGUUGUUUAAAAUGUAGUAUCUAAGAGAGCUUAAUAGUCAGCUUUCUCAUAAAAUAUCAACAUAUACUACAAAUCAGGUGUGUCCUUAGGAAAAGGCAAAGAGGUCUACCGACCCCACUCCAUAUAUGUGGGGCCCACUGUUAAGCUGGUGCUUUUUUAUAUUUACUUGUCUCAACAAGGAAUGCUAUAACAAGCCAUUGCGUUUGUGGAGCUGCUAUGAUCAAAGGGAUUGUGUCUCUCCGAAUUGCCUUAGAAAACAUAUUAGGAAUGGGAAAAAAAAGAUAAAAGAAAGGAUAGAAAUAGGACUUGCCACCCACUCACUCGUUUACCCUCUUAUCACUCACUCACUCACACUCAAUCAAUCAAUCACUCACUUACCUACUCACUCUAUAUAACAAUAAGUUUAAGGGUAGAGCAAGAAGCUAUUUCUCCAGUGAAAAUCAAAACAUUUUAAAUGCUUUUUUGAAUAUGAAUGUGUUUUCCUUUCUUUUCUUAGAGAACCACCCAUUGUUUAACCCUAGCCAGUCCUCCACUUACACCACCAACAAUCAGGAGUUUUCCAUGCAGUACGGAAGUGGAAGUCUCACUGGUGUCUUUGGCUAUGAUACUGUAACAGUAAGGAUUUUAUUUUGUAUUCUUUUGUAUAUUUCUAGCUCUAGAACUUGGAACUUUCUGUUUCAUAGUCUUUACUUAUACAGUUAUGAACUAUUUGUAUAGUUUGUUCAGUUUUUAAAUAGAAGUUGAAAAAAACCCAAAAAACGUGUAGCUAACCAGUGGUUGAACUGGGUACUGUGCAAAUCACAGUUUCUGAUUGGAUGCUGACAUUGCAUGCUCAUUGAAUAUGCGUGGAUUUGUCAGUGACUGUCUUUUGAUGAUAUGAAAAUUGUGGUGCCAGCAUAACAUUGUUACGUGCCAAAGAGACCAGAGGUUGCAGCCUGCAUAUGUCGACUUAAACCCCUCCUAAAGCCAUGCCUAUACCAUGCCCUUAGUUCAAUAUUAAACCCCAAUGUGUUCUGUAAAUCGCAUUCUGACACCAAAUAUUUUAUUGAAUUCAGAGUAUUACAUAAACCUAUAUUUAAUCCAAAGCCAUGCUGUACUAACCCUUAACCCCAAAUGCAUUAAAUGUCUCAACAAGGAAUGCUAUAACAAGCCAGGAAAGGUUAAAGGAUCUUAACAUGUAUAGCUUGGAGGAAAGGUGAGACAGGGGAGAUAUGAUAGAAACAUUUAAAUAUAUAAAGGGAAUCAACACAGUAAAGGAGGAGACUAUAUUUAAAAGAAGAGAAACUACCACAACAAGAGGACAUAGUCUUAAAUUAGAGGGACAAAGGUUUAAAAAUAAUAUCAGGAAGUAUUACUUUACUGAGAGGGUAGUGGAUGUAUGGAAUAGCCUUCCAGCUGAAGUGGUAGAGGUUAACACAGUAAAGGAGUUUAAGCAUGCAUGGGAUAGGCAUAAGGCUAUCCUAACUAUAAAAUAAGGCUAGGGACUAAUGAAAGUUUUUAGAAAAUUGGGCAGACUAGAUGGGCCGAAUGGUUCUUAUCUGCCGUCACAUUCUAUGUUUCUAUGUUUCUAUGUUUCUACACACAUUAAUACCCCCACAGAGUGCUGUAUAAUUAAAAAUGGUCCAUUAAUGUGGCACUGUUACAAAUGAUAAAAUUGGAGGUGUCAUUUUUUACAGGGGACUCGGAACUACUAAUCAAAUGGUGGCAAAAUUAGACCUUGGGUUUUUUAGGAUUCCUCUUGAGUACAACAGUUGCAGAUAAAUAUACUUUAUUGUUGGAAGGAAAUUAUAGUAGUAAAUUGAAAAUAAUAUUUUAAUUGGAUUAUGCUAAUAUUUGUAUGACAAGCACUAUAACCACUAGAUUUGGUGCUGAAUUUUAAUGGUUUGACUUCUUACCUGGGUCUACCGGCAUUGCUGUCUAUUUUCAUUGCAGGGCUUAUCUCAUUGGCUGAGAGUGUCAGUUGAUCUUUACAUUUUAGGCUGCCAGCUGGUUCAGAGCACUUCUCUGUUUUUCACAGGUACAAGGUUUGACCAUCACAAACCAAGAGAUUGGUCUGAGCAUCAAUGAGCCCGGCACCAACUUUGUCUAUGCUGGUUUUGAGGGUAUCUUUGGCAUGGCUUACCCUGCACUGUCUGCAGGUGGUGCUACCACUGCCAUGCAAGGCAUGCUGCAACAAAAUCUGCUUACCAACCCCUUAUUUAGUGUCUACUUAGGAAGGUAAGUAAACUUCCUCAGAGCUUCUACUUCACAUCCUUAUAAUUUCUAAAUAAGACCGCCCACUUUUUAUGAAUAAAUAAUGUAACAACCUGAGGUGGAUGGGAAGUAUCCCAGGUUGAAGUUGUGGUUUUCAAUUGUUGUCACUAGUUUGGUCACUCGUUCCUUACUCACGUGCCAGGCGACCAGCUGGAGAGAGUGGCAUGCAGAGUAAUUCACUAACCCAGGCAUAUCACUACUGGUAGAGUGACAGAAUUUCGACAGCCAUGAAUUGCAGCUUCAGCUCAGAAAUAUGUGUUUCUGUAUGCGUCUUUCGUAUGUGUUUGUCAGUGUUUGUGUCUAUGUGUUUGUAUGGUUGGACUGCCAAAGAACAAACAAUAUCUGGCACUCCAGCUGUUGUGGAACAAACCUUCAAGCAGUGAAACAUGUUUUAGGGGAAGGUAAUUCCACACCAGUGCUCUAAAAACCAUCAGUAAACCACUUAACCUGUGGUCUUAUGGUUUAUUAUUCUGUUUCCAGAACCCCAUAAUGGCAUUAUUUCCCUAAAUAAAUACUAUACCGUUAUGUUUCCCUACACUAUCUCUUUCCACUACUUCCUUUAUUCUCUCACACACAUUGUGUAAAUGUAAUUUCCUGAUAAAAUCUUUAAAUCCUUAGUUAGCUGAUCCAUGAUAGGUAAUUUCAACUUGUUACAUCCAUUAUCAUGAGUUAUGACACCAUAUAUAUAUAAUGGUCAUCCAUAUAACGGGUUUUGUACAAACACUAUAGUGCUUAACACAUUGCUAAUCAAUAACCUUAUUUGGAAUGUUGUAAUUGUUUUCAGCCAAUCAGGAGAGGUCAUCUUUGGAGGAGUCGAUAGUAGUUUGUACACUGGUCAAAUAUACUGGGCCCCUGUCACUCAGGAGCUGUACUGGCAGAUUGCCAUUGAUGCGUAAGUAACUGCUAGAAAACCAAAAUAAGUAAAUUAAUGUGAAACUGGAGUAAUCGGGAGUACUCAGGAUUAUUUUUUUCCUACAGCUUCUCAGUCAACGGACAGGCCACAGGAUGGUGUAGUCAGGGCUGCCAGGCUAUGGUGGAUACUGGAACCUCCCUGCUCACUGUACCACAGCAGUUUAUGGGCACUCUUCUCCAGUACCUGGGAGCCGAGGAGACCCAAGAUGGGGUAAGAGACUGUUGGGAAGAAGACAGAUGAUGAGGUUGUCUAAUUUUAUUUAUACUUUCAAAUGUUUAUAUAUGCUUUUUAGUUAUUUGCUGUUUGGAUAAUUCUUUAGAUCAGUGGUUCCCAAUCCAAUCCUCAUGGAUCACUAACAAUCCAGGAUUUAUGUAUUUUCCUGGUUUAUUCCAAUGGUGAUAAUGACAAAACCUGGACUGUUGGUGGGUCUUGAAGACUGGUUUGGGAAACAUUGCUUUAGAUAAAAAACUCACUGUUCGGCGGCAAACAAAACAUAUAUUCUAAAAUGAAUAUAUUAGUGGUAAAGUGCUAAUGUUUGUGGAGAAUCUUAGCAUAUAAAAAUACACUUUACCUUUUCAGGAUACCAAGUCUGAAACUUAAAAAAACAUGGUUGAUGUUUAUGCGUCUUUAUGACUGUCAAAGCGUAUGGUUGUCUCUUGACUUUAUUUAAAUGGACAGUUUAGGCACCAGAACCACUACAGCUUAAUGAAGUGCAAAAAGACUGUCCAUGAUGGUUGAACAGUGUAGACACUGCCUUUUCUGAAUAAAAGCAGUGUUUACAAAACUGCCUAACAUCAACUUUUAGUGUAACAUAUAGAAACAAUGUAGAGGGGGAAAAUGGCGCUAAAAUAUAAUAUAAAAAAACAAAUGACUCAGUGAAGCUAAAAAAAAAAAAUCUCCCAAGUGCUUUGUCACAAAAAACACUUAAUACAUACAUAGGAAUAGGAUAAUUAACAAGGUGAUCGCGCACACAAUGGUAAAGGAUGCUCUUGAUAUACGAUGGCUGGUAUAUCCUAUGCAGUGUAAAUAUAAAAAAUCAUCAUAGAGCAAUAUGUACACUUAAAAUUGAUAAAUAAGAGUAAAUUGGAACACUCACAAUGUUUAGAGCCCUUUUGAGUUGCUCUAACCUGUGCAGGCAUUUCAUCAAUUAAAUGAUGCAAAGGUAUAUUCCUCGCCUGGUCCUCCAAAGUCAGCGGAUAUCUUUCGUUUGGAAAUCAGGAACCAGGUAAGUAUAGUUCAAAACUUUUAUUGGAAAAGAAAAUAAGCAAAACGUGUUUCGACCAUAAAAUGAUUUGGGACUGUGAUAUAAUUUUGUGUUUAUGUUAUUUCUAUUUGCAGUUCCUGGUGAAUUGUAAUAGUGUGCAGAACCUACCUACAAUCAGCUUUACAAUCAAUGGAGUCCAGUUCCCUAUCCCACCAUCUGCUUAUAUUCUCCAGGUACCUGAUUCCCAUCAUUCUGCUACUUCCUACAUGGACUCUUUGAUGUUGGGAACAUACAGAGGAGAGACCUAAGGGGAAAAUAAUUGUAACAGAUGUAUAUACAGUUUACCAUUGUGCUUUAAUGUAGUAGUGAUAACUAGAGGUAUACCUAGAUUUCAUGGCAUUCGCGGUGGACACGUAUUUUGGUACUCCCCAAAAACUUCAUUUUUUUUUUGUCUCACUCUGCAACCCCCUAACUACUUUUUGUUAGUUAAAUCACAUGCACCUACUCACAAUCAUAUAGUUACAGGGGCACAUAUACACAGCUAAGUACAUACACACAGACUUACAGACACAUACUCAUACACAAACAUUCAUAUUCUCACAGACUCAUAUCCACACACCGAUACAUAUACAAACAUCCAUAUAUUCACAGUGACUCAUACACACACGGUUAAUCUUUCUUCUAUAUGUUGCAUCAACCGUAAAUGUGUGUGUAUAUCUAUAUAUAUCAAUUCCAUUUUCUAAUAAGAUCUAAUCUUCAGUUUUCAUAAAGAUGCAAACAUUUAAUCACUUCAGAAUUAUUCACUAUAUUUCUGAAUGGACAAAAUCUGGUGAAUAUGGUCAAUUAUUAUAUUUACUAAUCUUAUUCUGGUUGGAAUUUAGCCAACCCGACUUAAUCUGCACUAAUCAGCCGUAUGCAUUUUGUGUCCAGAUUAAAAACAGUCCUUUUCGCAUCCAAGCCCUCUACAAAGUAUAGUAUAGUAAAGCUUACAGCAGUGCAAGGGUUAACUAUGUGGUCGCUGGCCAAAGCUUGAUAGCCAGCAACAGAUUAAAAUUUUAAAAAUCCACAUAUUUUCUAAACCACCCUUAUGCCCACACUUGCUAUGAGAGGCACAUCUACUAAACUGGGCAGCCAUUGUCCAUCAUCAUUUGGUCUUUAUGAAAUCCAGACCAUAUUCAGACUCAUUCGAAGCUCCCAGACAUUGUUAAAUAGAUUGAACACCUUCCAGUUUUUGCAUUCCGAAUGGCCCUGUACAGCAAUGAGUGGCCAUUCAGAGUUUAGUUAAUAAACCUGCUGUGCCUGCUAAUUCCCUAGCAUUGUGUUUUUUACAGUAAAGAUUUAGAUCCGCUGGCAGAACUCAGCUACUCUCAGCAGCCUGCUUGCCUGAUACACAUGAUAGGAAAUCAUGGAUCAUUAAAGGAACACUAUAAUGUUGGAAUGCAAACAUGUAUUCCUAACGCUAUAGUGUCAUGGUCCAUAUUUAGAUUCACCACCCGUAAAAAAAAAAGAGAGAAAAGGUUUUACUUGCCAAGACUCACUUGGUGUUACCACCUGCAUUUCCUUCAGUGUUAAUUUUGGCGGCAUAUUUCAAUUAAGUUUUAGUCAUAGUCUUUUGACUAAAAAGCCAUUUUAGUUUUAGUCAUCUGAAUUGUUUUAGUCUACUAAAUCUCCAGUAGAUAUUCUAAAAUCGAAUGGGUUUAGUUAAAGGCUGUCUCUUUUGCCCCUUCCCCAGCCCCUCUGUGUCUCUUUGUGUCGUCACAGCACCUCUAGGUGUCUCUCUCCCAAGCCCCGGUCUGUCUCUUUGGCCCCUUCCACAGCCCCUCUGUGCUGUGUUAAUUUUGGCAGCAAAUUUCAGUUUGGUUCUAGUCAUAGUCUUUUGACUAAAAAGCCAUUUUAGUUUUAGUUGUAUUUUAGUCAUCUGAAUGGUUUCAGUUUUAGUCUAGUUUUAGUCGAUGAAAUCUCAAACAUUUCAGUCGACAAAAUUAACACUGAUCUCCUUCUGCAACAUAAUUCUGUAGAUGUUGCUUUUGCGAUGAUUGUUCUAUUGGGCAGACUAGAUGGGCCGAAUGGUUCUUAUCUGCCGUCGCAUUCUAUGUUUCUAUCCAAUGCUCCUCCUCGUGCGGCGAGCACUGCACACGUGUUUAAUGAUAUGUUUCUCACAGGGAAGCAUUGAAUGUAAUGCUUUGCUUUGAGCUGCAUUUAACAACAUGUGGCUGUCAGACAGCCACUAUACGCAAUGCUUUAGAUAGAAAGUCUAAAACGAAUGGGCCAAGGCACCCUGCCUUUAGUGGUCAUUUAAACUGACUUCGAAGCACAACUGAUUUUAGCAACAUUGCAGCUGUUUACACUGCUUUGUGAAUUAAUGUGAUUGCUAUUAAUUAGCAUCAUUCCAGCUUGUCCCUAUCCUAACGAGGUCUCCCUACUUGUCUUUUAUAAUUGUGCAUACACUGCAACUUUAUUGGGUCUCAGUAAAUGCAAAAUCAGUUUUACUGUUGAAUUUCAAAGUUUAGGCCAAAGUAGCUGAACUUAAAAACAUCUAAAUUAGAUAAUUAAUUACGUUUAAUUAAUAUGUCCUAAAAUGACGUGCCUUUUUUUUUUUUUUUUACUUAUUUGCUCUUUAUUUCCCCAGAAUAAUGGAUACUGCUCAGUUGGGGUAGAAGUGACUUACUUGCCAUCUCAGAAUGGACAACCCUUCUGGAUUCUGGGAGAUGUCUUCCUCAGAGAAUACUACUCCAUCUACGAUAUGGGCAACAACCAAAUGGGCUUUGCUCAGGCUGCAUAA